AUGGCUCCGGUUUAUUUGCUGCUGCUGCAAACUGUUGUUGUUUGGGCUUCAAACUAUGGAUACGUGGAGUGGUCUGACAGUGACAGAGACGACAAGAACCCCCCUGUCUUCAGCACACAAAACAUCUAUCGGGAGUCGCUCCACAACCCCACGUUUGACUCGCAUGCUCCAGCCACAGAGCGCGCAGUAGUGGCGCACAAGAUUGAGGAGGACUUGCCCCGAGUGGUGACCGCCUUCUUGCACACGGGGGACUCUUCCGCGCUCAGGCAGGUGAACUGCUCACGAAGGUAUGAGCUCAGCAGCCUGAAAGGCGGCCUACACGUGGCUUCGCACUACUCCUUCCAUAGCAUCUUGGCUACAGUUGCGCACGCCACCAACUUCCUAAACGUGAUACUUCAAACGAACAGGUCCCGAGAACGCACUGUACACCGGGACAUCCACUUGUACCAUGCAUUGGUUCAGAGCAUCCUAGAAGGAGAUCCCAAAAUCCACAGGGCAGUUGUUACUUUUCACUCUGACGCUCAGACCUCGGGUCCUCACAUCUUUUUACAGGCUACAAGAACUGAGAAGGAUGUUGUGUUACAGGACUUUUCUGCCUCCGCACAUAGGCGCCUCAGAAACAGAAGUCCUGAGUCAGACUGGUUUAAUGACAUAAGAGACGGGAGAUCCCCCACGCACAAGAAGGAACUGUCAGGCUCAAAGGGAGAAAGUUACUUACUGGACAAGAACCAGAUCAAAUGGUCUGCCCCUUAUUUGGAGUGUGAGCACGGCGCCUUUGUGCCCUAUUGGCUUCUCACGCUGUCUGCAGGCUUCUAUGGGCUCAAGAAUAACUCUGCGCCUGAAUUCAGAGGUGUUGUGCGUGUGGACGUGAACUUACAGGAUGUGGACAUUGACCAGUGUUCGAGCAGCGGCUGGUUCGCUGGCACUCACCGCUGUAAUCUCACCAGCAUGGAGUGCACCCCCAUCGAGGGUCAUGGCUUUGUGUUGGACAAGUACAAGUGCCAAUGUCGCAGUGGGUUCUUCCAUCCCAGUCGAGUGCCUCUCAGUGGAUACAAAAGUAAAGAGGACUCCUUGGAGGCCUCCAGCAGGUGUCUGCCGUGCCGGGAGGGGUGCCCCUUCUGCCAGGACGACUCCCCGUGUGUGGUGCAGGAGGACGGGGCGCUGCGACUGUCUGUGGCCUCUCUGCAGGGGCUCUGCAUGCUGCUGGACCUGGCCUGCAUGGUGGCCCUCUACCACCUCCGCAGGACCAAGAGCAUCCGCACAUCUGGACUCGUGCUGCUGGAGGCCAUCUUAUCUGGGGCUCUGCUGCUCUACUUUCCAGUGAUGAUCCUGUACUUCAACCCCAGUGUGUUCCGCUGUAUCCUCCUGCGCUGGGUCCGUCUGCUGGGGUUUACCAUUAUGUACGGCACCAUGGUCCUCAAGCUGUACAGGGUGUUGAAGGUGUUCUUGUCCCGCACCGCUCAGAGGACGCCGUACAUGACCAGUUGGCGCGUGAUGCGUCUUCUUUUGGUCAUCCUGUUGGUGGCGCUGUGGUUCCUGGUGGCCUGGACCUCAGCUGUGUGUCAGAGAGCAGACCUGACUCAGGUCCUGAUCAGCGCUGGGCUCACUGCAGACAGACUGCAGUUCAGCAUGUGUCUGCUGGACAGCUGGGACUACAUGCUGGCUGUGGCUGAGUUUUUGUUCCUGCUCUGGGGCUUGUACUUGUGCUACGCGGUACGGACGGUACCCUCUGCGUUCAACGAGCCACGGUACAUCACGGUCGCCAUCUACAACGAGCUCGUGGUGUCGGCCAUCUUCCAAAUCCUCCGAUUCUCUCUGGCCCCAGGACUUCACCCGGACUGGAUGUUCAUGUUGUUCUUCGCUCACACUCAUCUGACCGUCACCGUCACUCUGUGUCUGCUGCUCGUGCCUAAGUUUUUGGCCAAAGGGACUCAGGCGCGGGACGACAUUGCCACUGAAGCGUUUGAGGAGGAGCUGGACAUGGGGAGAUCCGGUUCAUAUUUAAACAACAGCAUCACGUCAGCCUGGAGCGAGCACAGCCUGGACCCUGAGGAUAUAAGGGAUGAGUUGAAAAAGCUGUAUGCUCAACUCGAAGUCCAUAAGAGAAAGAAGAUGCUCGCCAAUAACCCUCACCUCCAGAAGAAACGUAACUCUAAAAAAGGCCUGGGCCGCACGCUGAUGAAGCGCAUCACCGAGAUCCCCGAGACCAUGCACCUGCACCGGCAGGGCAGCCGCGAGGAGGGCAGCGAGCACGGCAGCACACGGAGCACGCUGCGGAGAGGGGCCUUUGAGCCGAGCCACCACGGUAAAUCACGGGACGACUCUCUGAGGAACAAAGUCAUGGCCUUAAAGAAGUCCCUGAGCUACGACCAUGUGUGCGACCAGGAGGGUGCGGCCCCCAGUCCCAGUGGCUCUUCUGGAGGAGAGAAAAUGAUGCCUGUCGGAGGGGGAGAAGGAUCGUUUCUGGGAUCACUAAUUGGUCGAAGACAUGCCAAAAAACAAAUGGACACCCCCGUGAUCCAGACCCUCCAACCUGCUGAAUCCACAGAGUCCGUCCCCCUCUUUUGGAAAUCUGCCAGUGCCCACAAUCUCACCCACGAGAAGAAACCAGUCCAACUGCGCACCACCAUCAUGCAGAAGUCUCUGAGUGUCAUCUCCAGCGCUAAAGAGAAGAUGCCUGGUCUGGCCAACAAGACCAGUGCAGAGGAGGCCAACAAGAGGGGUCCAAAAGGGCAAGAGGGGGGCGCCCUGGCAGAGGUGGAUGAGACCCCAGAACAAUUUUCAAAGAUGAUUGUGAGCCAGUCUGUGGAGUACUCCAAAACACCCCUCAAGAUGGGCAUCAUGAAGCAGCAGGUGAGUGGCAGCCAGCCCUCCAUCUGCUCUGAGACUGGGAGGAGCCUGUACGAUGUGUCGGAGGUGUGUCCGUGGGACACAGACGAUAAUCAGACCCCCACGUCGGAAGUGAAGGCCCAAAAACACGUCUCUAUCGCCCCGGGAGAGGCCCUCGCGUGUCGCCGCGGCAGCUCCUCCAGCAGCACCAAGGGGGGGCGCUCUCAGCAGAGACACAAAACGGGACAAUCACCAGCCAACAGAAGAAGAAGCAGGGAUAAAGGAGCAGAGGACUCCAGAGAACCACGCAAACCCAAAGGCCCCAAGUCUCCACUGCCUUUGAAACCAGACGUGUGCCCAUGGGAGUUCGAGGAGCAGCCUGCCCUGGGACCAGAAGGCAUUUCUCCAGAGCGAAUCCGGCGAAAGAAAAGCGUCACACCCACUGACGGCAAACCCAAAACUCUGCACUCAGACCACUCCAAGUCCACAGGGAGCCUGCUGCAGCCUCCGUCGCUCACCGUGGACAUUUGCCCAUGGGAUUACUCCAGCCCCCCAUCGCCCAAACAGGAGCGCGGGUGCAACAGUCCCAGCACGCACAAGAAGAAGCGGAAAGGCUCGUGCUCCUCCAAUCACAAAGCAGAGAAGGAGAAGAGCAGAGAGAGGCGAAGCUCCUCCAGCAAACCGUCUUCAGAGAGGAGGAGGGUCAGUCAGUCCUCCGAGUGUCCAGCGGGUGCAGAGCGGAGGAGGAGCUCGUCCAGAGACCCAGAGGUGGUGUAUCGGGACAGUGAAGCCUCUCGCAGCGCACAGACUAAGCCCCCCGCGGAGAGGAAGAGGUCUGCUGUGAUCAGUGCCCCCAACAUGGUGGACGUCUGCCCCUGGGACUUCCCUGAUCCAGACUCUGCAGGGAGGCUGUGA